CUUACGUACAGCAAAAGCACAGAAGAGAACUGCAGGGCCAUCGAACGGGCGCACGACCGGUGCAUGGAGUGGGCAAGAAAGCAUAGAGCAGUCUUUGCGCCAGAUAAAUACCACCUAAUACACUUCACAAGAGCCCGCAAGUCUGUUAACGUAAAAGCUACAGUUAAUAUACAGGGCUUUACCGAAGGCCCUAUAACAGACCUAAGAAUACUAGGGGUC